GCCAACCCCCUCCCUAAUAAGAUGGCGGAAUUGUGCAGAAUCUAAAACAGAAAGGACUUUUCCGUUUUGCUCAAUUGUGUAUAGAAAAGUGAGAAAUGGGUUCGAAUAAACGGCAUAAAACUGAGAAAAGUCGAGACGCGAAGAAGAAGCGUCACCGUAGCCGCUCACGAAGUUACACGCCUGAACGCGAGAAAUCGGAAAAGCACAGGCAUCACAAAAAGCAUAGAAGGAAAGAGCGGAAGGAUUAUGACAGCGAUGUCGAGAUAGUUAAUGCUCCGCCUCCGCCAAAAAUUUCUAAGUCGUCGCACCCAUCUACACCUCCACCUCCAGAGAUUUCCAAGCAACGUAGUCCAUCACCAAAUAAAGGAGGAGCAGCACAGACCUCUUUGUCCAUUGAAGAGACAAAUAAACUACGUGCAAAGUUAGGUUUAAAGCCUUUGGAAGUCGAUAGCACGCCCAAAGAUGAUCCUAACAAGAUUAAAGAUGAUCUAGGAGAGUUUUACCAUAAACCUGCUCCUGAUGUCAAUGAAAAGUUGAAGACACAGAAGCUAAAGGAGAAAAUUGGUACUCAAAAACAGAAGAGACAGAUUGAGGCUAGUUUAUCUAAAGUAAAAGUUUUGGGUGAUUGCGAUUCUGACGAUGAUACCAAAGCCUGGAUUGAUAAAACCAGGCGCUUGGAGGAGGAAAAAAGGAAAGCAGAAGAGAGGGCUAAAAUGUUGGAUCAGUUGGAUGAAGAAUUUGGAAUUGGAAAUCUGGUAAAAGAGGAAAUACACACUGCAAGGAGCACAGCGUACACUGAAAAGAAUUUGAAAGGUCUUAAAGUAGAGCAUAACAUCGAAAAAUUUGAAGAGGGUAAAACUGUAAUCUUAACUUUAAAAGAUCAAGAAGUAUUAAAUGAUGGCGAAGACGUACUCGUCAAUGUAAACAUAACUGACGAAGAGCGUUAUCAACGUAAUAUUUUGAAUAAGACUAAGAAACCUGGCUAUGAUGCGUAUGAUGAAGACAAUUUUGAUGAAUAUGGUUUCCCGAAGAAAACUAUCUUGGAAAAAUAUGACGAAGAGAUUGAGGGCGAAAGAAAAGACAAUUUCGUAUUAGGAGUGAAACAUAAAGAUAGCAAAUCGAAGCUUGAUUAUGUUAAACAGCGUUUGGCUACCAAACGAUUAGAAUCAUUACAGAUAACAGAGCCAAAGCUAGCUAGUGAAUAUUACAAUGACGAAGAACUCGCAAAAUUCAAGAAGCCAAAGAAAAAGGUUCGAAAAAUUCGGAAAAAACUAAAAGCGGAAGACUUAAUUCCUGAAGAUAAUGAUUAUCUUCGUGAUUUAGGAAGCAGAAGAACUAAGCGACCCGAGGAAGUAAAAGAUAACGAUUCUUUAGAUAUAGACGAUUUAGGAGGUCCUUCCGAAGAUCUAAGUGGAGUAAAAUUAGAAGACGAUGAUAAGGAUCUUGAACUGCAAUUAACGUUGAAGAAAGCACAGCGCUCGAAGGAAAUGCAUUUAUCGAGCAUUGAGAAAGUUGUAGACACUAUCAAACAGGAACCUUCCAGUUCCGAAGAAAAUCAAUGCGGGCAUAUUGUUUUGAACGCUACCGCAGAAUUUUGCCGGACUUUGGGAGACAUUCCCACUUAUGGUCUUGCUGGAAACAGGGAAGAGAAUGGGCAGGAACUUAUGGACUUUGAGAUGGAUGGGAUCAAAGAAGAGCCGCCUACAAAUGAGGAAGAAGAUGAUGGUCGUGGUGCUUGGAACACCGUGCAUCUAGAUGAAAGUACGUCUGAACCGGUAGCAAUGGAAGCUGCAAUUUUGGACGCCGAGCCUUCACUCGGACAUGGCGUUGGCGGAGCUUUGAAGCUUGCAAUGAGCAAAGGUUAUUUGCAAAAGGAAGACAGCAGUCGACCAUCCGCAUCUCGUUUCGCUCAUCUUCAAGCACAGAACUAUUCGAUAGAGGACAAGACGUACGGGGAUGACGACAAAUUCGGCAGAAGAGAUCGUUUUAAUGGUCCUACCUCUGAAUUCAAAGAGAAAGAUGGUUUCAAACCGAACGUAAAACUGGAAUACAUUGAUGACGAUGGACACGUUUUAAGCGCAAAGGAAGCUUUUAGAUAUCUUUCUCAUAAAUUCCAUGGGAAAGGGCCAGGGAAAAAUAAGGUUGAAAAACGAAUGAAGAAGGCGGAACAGGAAGUCCUAAUGAAACGGAUGUCAUCCACAGAUACACCUUUGGGCACCCUUAAUUUGUUGCAAGCGAAACAGAAGGAGACACAGUCACCUUAUAUAGUUCUUAGUGGCAGUAAACAAAUGCAAACGACUAGCAUAUCGAAGUCGAAGCAUUAGAGGUUUUAAUGUUGUCUUUUAUGAGGAUUGUAUAUAAUAUGCAGACAAGAGGAAGGAUCUUAUCGGCACAUCUUUUUCAGGCAGAGUAGGAACAUCGCUUGUCAAAAAGUGAAUUGCACAUUUUUGAUUUGUUAAUCCACGUACAGGAUAAUAAAGUAACAUUAUAUAAGUUUAUAAAA